AUGGCGAACUAUAUUCUACCCGGGUUUUUGGGUCUAAUAAUCUGUUUGAAUAGCGUUGUCUAUACGGAAGCGGCAUCUAGUAGUUCGUCAUCUAGUAGUGCGGCAACUACUAGUGCUGAUUUUGGAUUUGUAUCCUUUCCAGCUCAGGCGCAGACCUGUACAUGUUCGAUAUCUUUGUCCUGCAGCUGCUGUCAAAGUGUUGUGGUGAAUGCCAUGAAUAUGACAAAAACACUUUGUCUCACUUUCAAGCUAACCAUUCUCAGCGUCUCUGUUGAUGUAAGUGUUACCCUGGAUGGCACAUCGGUGGCUAAGUUUACAAUUGACGCCAAAAAUCCGCCUACAUUUUGCUUACCGGUUAUAUCCUUAUCGCCUGUGGACAUGUGCCUUAAGCUUAGCGCUUCCUUGGUCGGAUUGUCGGGCAUAAAAAUGUGCCCAACUGUUUACUCCACUGUAAGCGGCAGUCAGGCUUUAUCCUAUGCUUUUCCUUGUGUCAAAUUGUCCACGGAUGGGGUGAGCUUGGCCUAG